UCGCGCACUCACCUCGCGAAAGACGACAAGUCCUACCAAAAGACGUGAGAGAAGUGUUUCGCAAUCGGUCGGUCGGUGUGUGUUGAAUUUUUCGAGUCGCGGUGUUUUCGCGGAGUUGUGCGCCAGGUUUUCGCUGGAGGAAAUUGCCGCCCGAGUGAGUGGAGUUGCUGGUGAUUGUGUGCGCGGUGGAAUUUAUCGGGUGCCCGAACGGCGAAAAGCCCGAUUCGAUUGACCAUUCGAUCGGUUGCGUAGUGAGAGAAGUGGGCAGUGGGCAAAGUGUUGUGCGGGGGGGGAGAAGAUUGAGAGACGGCGACGAGGCAGUGGAAGAAAACCUGAACCGAAGCGUGUGGACGACGACGAGUUCGCGAAGUCGCUCCCGCUCGCUCGCGGUGAGAUUUUUUUUUGGUGAGGGUCAGCAGUUUUGACUGACUGAACUUGUCAACAACGUCGCGGCGCGUGUGGACUCUCAUCGAGCUUGGUGAGUGCUGAGAUACGCGAGAUAGGUAUGUGAGAGGAGGCGCUGCUCAAUCAGGUGCACGCUUUCUCCCAGGUGUUGAGCAGAGAACUCCCAUACUCACCUACGCACGAAGCGGGGGUCUCACUCUCUCUCCCUCCAGUCGGAGAGCACUCUCGGGCGUGCGUCGUGCUCUUCGUGGUGCUCGCUCUGCCAAUGGUGGUCGUGGUGGUGGUUUAAGGCCUCCGAAUCUUCCCUCAAGAUCCUCGGAUCGGAGCUCGAACAAAACUCUCGAUCUCUAGGGGGGGUUUCCAGCGUAAUGCUGCCGACCGAUCGGCUCACAAUUCUUUUGACUAUGGCGUGUUUAAGUUCGUCGAAUCGGGUCUGCGCCCGCGUUGUGCAGGAAAAACUGUGUCAGUUCGUUGUUGGCAAAAAUUAUCACCAUCAGCAGAACCACCAGCAGCAAAAGGUGGUCGCCGUGGCAGGUGUCGGAACCGGAACCGGAUCCGGUGGUAGUUCGAAAAGUGUUGCCACCACGACGGUCGGAAAUGGUGGUGGUGUUGUUGGCGGCAAGAAAACCGUUGGCGGUCCUCCGUUGUUCACGGCGUUGAAAUCCGGUGGUGUUGGCCUUGGUGGUGCCCCUCUGGGGGCUAGUGUGGAACCAGCUAUGAAGUAUGGACCAAGUGUCGGAAUGUUCUUCGGUGGUUCGUCGAUGUCGAUCAACGGUGUCGGUAGUGUUCGCAAUUUCUACAGCUCGUCUCUGGUACGCAAUCUCUUCAGGAAGAAUCAGCCAUCAUGCAGUUCACAGCUCCUCCCGCCGCCAGUCACACCCCAGCACCCCUGCAUGCGAGGCUACAGUUCCGUUCACACCCAGCAGCCAGCCGGCCCCAUCCGGGAGUACAACAUCGACCCGUACAUCCUGCUGGACGAGGAGCUCAAAUACAUCUUCGAAGACAUCAGACAAGAAAUCAACCGUGCCACCAACCACCAAGAGCUGAAAAAGAUCGCCGUCUACUACUUCGACGGCCAGGGAAAAGCGAUCCGACCGAUGGUAGCGAUGCUGAUGGCCAAGGCCCUUAACUAUCACAUGCACAACGAGACCAGCAACGUGGUGCACGCACAGCGACAGAUCGCCAUGAUUUCGGAGAUGAUUCACACCGCCAGUCUGGUCCACGACGACGUCAUCGAUCAGUCCUUUGCGCGGCGGGGUAAACCUAGUGUCAACGUAAUAUGGAAUCAUAAAAAGGUGACGCAAGCAGGCGAUUAUGUUCUAGCUGUUGCAUCGAUGCUGUUGGCCCGCCUUAAACACGACGAAGUCACGCACAUCCUCAGUCAGGUGCUGACAGAUUUAGUGCAGGGAGAAUUCAUGCAGCUAGGCUCCAAGGAAACCGAAAACGAACGAUUCGCUCACUACUUCACCAAGACGUACAGGAAAACGGCGUCCCUGAUAGCGAAUAGUUUAAAAGCGGUGGCAGUCCUGUCCGGUGCGGACGAACAGAUGGUUGAGCUGAGCUUCCAGUACGGUCGGAAUCUGGGUCUGGCCUUCCAGUUCGUGGACGAUCUGCUCGAUUUCGUGUCCAGCUCAGAGGCGAUGGGAAAACCGGCGGCAGCCGAUCUGAAGCUGGGACUGGCCACCGCGCCGGUGCUGUUUGCGUGUGAAAAGUUCCCCGAGCUGAACCCGAUGAUCCUGCGCCGCUUCCGGGAGCCGGGCGACGUCGAGCGGGCGUACGAGCUGGUUCAUCAGUCGCAGGGGCUGGAGCAGACGCGCUUCCUCGCACGCAAGCACUGCAUCGAGGCGCUCCGGCUAGCGUCCCAAAUCAGCGAAUCGCCGUAUCAAAAGGGUUUGAUAGUGGUCGGCGACUUCGUGCUGAACCGAAUGAAAUAACAGGAGAGAGAGAGCAGCGAUGGCAGGCAGCACGAGAGCAGUAACAGUAGAAGAAGCAGAAGAAGAAGCAGUAACAAUAGUCGAUUGUUAGAGGGGCGUGCGCGAGAGAGGGAUGUGAUUGGAUGUGACUGUGUUCGUUGCAUGAGUGUUUGUGCGUGUGAGCGUGAUUACUUCGUAGAAGCAAGUAAAACCGGAGUUUCUUCACAGCAGCUGUGGUUUUGAGUUGUUUUUUUUAGUUCUUUUACGCUGGUGGAAGUUGUGACAGUUGAGUGAAAGUUUUUGUGGUUGAAUAUUCUUAUGGGUAGGAAAAAAGCAAAUCAAGAGGAAAAAGAACAAGCGUAUGAGCGCGUGGAACCAGUGCGGGUUUUUUAGAAAUCUAAUUAUGAACUCUUUUCCGUGUAUAGAAGAAAAAAACUCGAGAUAUGUACUAGGAAGUCAGUUAAGUUUAUUUAGCAGAAGAAAUAAUCCGUUUAUUAAUCAAAGUUAGUAGAUCGUAGGCUAGGUUUGGUUUAGAUUCACCCCGCUAGGAGGGAACGAAGUUCUCUGGGAUUGUUCUGGGUUGAGGGAGGUUUCGUUUCCUGCUUUCGGGUGACACGUAACAUCUAUCCCUUUCCGUCUGUACUCUUUUUACCGGGUUUAGCUGAAUUGGAGGUGUACGAAGUGCAAUGAUAAUCCCUUUGAUUCAUGUCUGUUUAGGAUAUUUUACGAUGAGUUUUUUUUCUUUUCUAUUAUUAUUAUUUUUCCGUGUGAGUGUGAGUGAUACCGUACCGAGUUGUAAGAAGAUUUCAUUUUGUUUGCAGUGAACCAAUAUAGUCAAGUUUUGUCGUCCGGUUCCUAAACAGUUUUACAGAUUUUUCCCCACACGAUCGCACUCUCUUCACACAUCAUAGUAAACUAGAUUUCCACACUGUCAGUACGGAUCCAAGCAAGCCUGGUGUCCAUCCGUCGUCCCACACAUCAACGGUUUGUAGGCAAUUGACAGCCCCGUCAAAUGUCAGCACAAAUCGUAGCCAGUCCUGAUUUCAAGUGGUGUUUCUGACUCGCUUCGGUCACCGGAAUGUUUGAGGAAAGCAAAAUUAACGCAGGAAAGACAUCGGUCGAAGUAAGCACUGCCAUUGAACCGACAUAUUCGUUUAGUUAGGGGGAGGGGGAGCAAGUUUGACAGAUUGCGUUAGUGCCCAAGUAGCAUUGGUAGCUGAAUAAUAGUUUUUAAAAUUUGUCAUCGUAGUAGGCUGUUUUCCGUAUCGCAAAUCUGUCAUGAAACGGCCUACUUUGCUGCAUUGAAUUAUGUAGUGUUGUAAUAGGCAAUUAUUUGCAGUCUUUUUCAGUCUUCUACGAAAUUGCAAAAAAUGUUGUACGCAUUCUGCAACUUGUUGCGUAAACUACUAUUAUUCAGCUGAAAUGCUGUUAUUCUGCUAGUAGUGUUACUUGGGUGAUAAGAGUGAAUGGAACGAUUGAGUGCGAAGAUUCGGUGUUUCAAAUGUCUUUUUUAUACAAUGGUAAAAAAUUUGAUUUUGAUUGUUGGCGUGACGAGCGAGCAAGCGCGAGAUGGGAUACAAUACAAUUGUAGUAACAACAGGAGCCUUAGUAGUUUAAAAGACAUGAAAGAAAAUGUAUAUAAAAAAGCGUAGAUAAGCCAAUUGGGAUAAACAAGAAACCAGCAGAGGAGAAGCGAGAGAUGAAUGUGUUUAGGUGUGUGCUAGCUCGUAAGUGUCAAACGUAGGCCAAUAAGUGACCACUAGCUGCUCAAUUAUUGUUUAAAACAACGCAAGUACCAGAUCCCAGAUUCUUAUUCUUUCUUAAUUAUUAAUAUUAUUAUUUGAACCCUAACCACGUCAGUUAAUUUGAUAAAAUCAAAGAAACGAAAGCAACACGCAACACGCCCCACUCUGUACAUAGUUAGCUAUAAUUUAACCUCUAAGGAAACGUCGUGGGAGUGACGUCUAGCGUAUCAAACAGACACAAAACACACAUUUGUAUGCACUUGUUAUUUUUUUGCGAUUAUUCUAUCUAUUUGUUCUAUUUUUAAUCUUACCCCUUACGAAAAAAAGAACCGACUAGGUAACAUAACCUCGUCCUGAAGGAAAAUUCAAUCCACUGUCGCUGGAAAAUGCUAUCCUUCUAUGAGUUUCAAACUUCUCUUUACUCCUCGUCUUAUACUAAUCAUUUUAACUGUCAGGAGGUAUGAUGUAUGACAUAAUACCGUUUGACAUGCAUUCGUUUGGCAUAACGGUCGUUUGGCAUACUUCUCAAUAAUUAGGAAUAUGUUCAAAUUCCUUCAAAAUUAUGCCAAACGACCAUUAUAUCAAAUGACUAUUAUGCCAAAUGGCUUUAUGACAAACGACCAUAUGCCAAAUGGCACUCAUGCCAAACAUGGCAGACCCAUCCAUUAAUUCAGAAAGCAGCUGUCGAGCAAAGCGCCAAAAAAUCGAGGUUAUGUAAUUGUACGGAAAAUUGGUCACCCUAGCAAGUUACCAGGACCAUCCAAUCACCACCACCCACCACCACAACCAUCGCCAAACAGAGCAAAUGGGAAAGAAAAAACAACAAAAGGAAAACAAACAAAAGCACAUUGUACAGCAAACAUACACACAAAACACACAAAAGUGAGCGAAAAACGAAUCGAAAAGCCGGGCGAAUGAUAAAGCGACAUUGCCUAGCUGAGAUGAUUGUCAGAUGAGAAAAGUGAAAUCCAAAAUGGCGGGAGACCUAGCAGAAAUUUGUGUUCAACUGAGGGGGAUAAACUGGCAAGCAAAACUGAUCCGAGAGGAACAGGGGUGAAAUUCUUCGCUGGGGAAGAAUGACAUCCCAUCCCUCUCAGGUUUUAUGGAAGCAAGACGAGUUAAAACAUAUAAAUACAUGUAGGUGAAUGAGAAAGGUCGUAUAAAAGUCGUCGUCGUCGUCGUCGGCAUUGGAGUCGAUAAAAUGGCGGCGAUCCUGAGGACGACGACGACGACGACUAAGAACCGGCGUCGACCGAAACAAGAGAUGUAUAUUAUCAUUACUAUAUUUUACACAAUCUUUACACAAACAGACACAAGGCAAGAGAAGGAUGUUUUUGAUAUGUAAUGAAAGUAAAAAAAUACUGAAAAGAGAAAAUAAAUGAGACUAAUCAUCUAUCCAGCAGUCA